ACGAUACAAAGGCGCUUUUGCAUGUACUCCGACACCCGAAGCCCUCCUCCGCCUUUCUCUUCCCCCUUUCGUCUCCCUCUCCCAUUUGAAUCCUAACGCCUCCUCCGUCGCCGCACCACCUUCAAUACCCUUCUGACGCCUUUAUGGGCGUUUCCUUCAAGGUCGCCCGCGUCGGCUCCCGCUACCGCCCACGGGCUCCCCCUCCGGACCCUGCCGACGCGGCCGACGGCGAUGUGGAGAGCGCCCUCCUCCCUGUCGAUGGCCCCGCGGAUCCCCCACGCAGCGAUGAUCCUAAGGCUUCUUUGCUGGGGUUAGAUGAUGGACUUGGUUGUUUUUCUUUUUUUACAACCAGGAAGGAAAACAAUUCCCUUGGAAUAGAGUGUGAACCAUCCUUCUCCAUUAACUUACACCCUGAUGGUUUCUUUAUCGGAAAACCUACUGAGGGUAUGCUGCUGCCUUUGCUUGAAGAUGUUCCCAAGUUGCUGCACCCUUAUGAUAGGACAUCUAAGAUAUUGUUUUCUGCAAUUGAGUGUGGCUGGUUGCCUGGAGAUAUGUUGGAUUACAUACCUUGCAAGUACUACAAUGGAACUCUUUUUUGUGAGGUGUGGGACUUUCGCACCUCUUUGUCUAAAUUGGGGCUUGGUGGAUGUGAUUCCUCUCAUGAUGAGUUUCCUAAAGUUCAGAAAGUCUGCUUACGAAUGGGUAAUGAAAGUGUGGUCAAAGACUUGCAAUCAAUCUCAGAUGAUUCUUGGACUUAUGAUGAUCUAUUGCAAGUUGAAUCUGGGAUCAUCAAGUCCUUGCAACCGCUGCUUUAUUUGUGCCCAAAGCCAUCUUUGGACAGAUUGUGCAGGACGCCAUCUUCGAAGAAGCUUGAUUUAAGCAUAAUGGGGAGGAGAUUGACAAGAAAGCAGCAUGAUGAGCCUGAAAUUGGCCUCAAGUCUGUCCCUAUGGAAAUGGCAAGCAGCAGGAUUAUUGACAACUUGAAGACACAAACAAGUGGUUCCCUUGAACAUGGAGGAUUAUGUUAUGCUCGGAAUACCAUUUUAAGAAGCAUGCCAUUCAUACAGCAAGCUACUGAUUGGAACCACAGUAUACUUCACACUUUGCAAAUGGCUUCACAACCAUUUAAUAUCUCAGAUGCAGGUUGCUCUCUCCCCGUUCCAAAUAAUGCUGCAGCAAUACCAAGUUUUCUAUUACCACCUGAUCACAAUUCAAAAAACUCUCUACUUCAUACUGAAUAUUGUGCUACUCUUGGAAAAAGGAGCCAGUUCCAAGAAGAAGUUACUCAGAAUACUGCUGUAAAAAGGCCAAAACAAGGAACACCAGUCUCGGAUAUUUCACAAGCAGAAAAAAAUGUGCUGCCUGGAAUCCAAGAACAGAGGAGAGUCAAGUUGUCAAAGAAGCAACAGGAAGUUCAGAUUAGCCAGCUUGUUGUAACUUGUGAUCGACAUAGUUGUCCGUUGAUAAGUGAGACUUCAAUGAAAAUAAUUCCAGAGGUUGAGGUUCAAAUGACCUCUCAGCUAUACAAAGAAGCAGCAAAAGAUAUGGUCAAAGAAGAGCCUACUGAAGCAAAAGUUUUAUGUAGGUCAGAUUUGGUGAAGGGUAAGAAGGAUAAUCUAGUGGAUGCCAGAAGUAAGAUUUUAAAGCAGCAGUUAUCAGUUCAGAGGUCUCUGCCAUUUCGUCUGCAGUGUGAUAAAGAUGGUCCAUCCUUUGUGAAACACCCAAAGAAUGGGGAUUUUUCUCGGAAAAGAAAAUCGACUCAAGGUUAUCAGGUUUCAGCUGAAAGUUCAGACCAAUUUCCAGUGUCUCAGUUGAGUGAAAACCAGAUACUGUCAUUGGGAACUUCCAGGACAUGUCAGGAAGUUGCUGCAACUAAGUUACAGAAGGAAGAUACUGCAGUAGAUCCUGUGGCUUCAGUUGGAACUGCUUCCAUGACAUCUGUGUCCAACAGUACUUUAGUACAAGUGAGUAAGAUGAUACUCAAGAAAAAGCCCAAAGCUCUUACCUCAGCUUUUGCUGAGGGCACAAUGGGAAUUAACUUUGACACAAGUGUUAAUGCUACACGAGUUCAGGACAUAUCAAAUGGUUCCUUAGCUGAGAUCAUACCUGCACCAGCUCCAUCAGAAGCUAAUGAUGAUACGACCAUUCUUGAGAAGUUCUCCAAGAUUCAAAUUAUAACACAAAGGUAUGGACUUGGCUGCAAGAAGAACAAAGUUGACAGUUACAUUAUGACAAAAGCAUCAUCAUGUUCCCUCUUACCACCAGUUGGGAUCUUGAUGCCUGAAGAUAGUGAAGAAAUUGAUGGAAGUAGAAAUGUUUGCAAAACCCGCAUACUAACAUAUAGGCGUGUUCUAUUUUUCUUUGGAGGAAGUAGCUUACCCUUGUCGGCUUCUGAGUCUUGGAGAAAGCUUGUCUUGACUGAAUUUGAUGAGCCUUGUGGUCACAAGGUAGGAGCUGAAAUUGUCUACAUAACUGAUGAGAAGCGCUUCCAUAUUGCUUUACUUCCGACACUUCAUCUUGCAGAUUUGUUUGCUGCUCAGUUCACUUCAUUGAUGGAACAUGACGGAUAUGAACUUAUGAAUGAUCGGCUGGAGCAUUCUUCAUCUACCACCUCUGAUUCUUCUUUCAGUAGUUCUCAACAUAAUGGUUUUCCUGGUGUUCCGUUACUCCCUUAUGGAACAUCUAAUAUGGAUCAUCCAUUGAGGAGAGUUACAACAUUAGAUAAGAGCAUCUGCACUACUCAUCUGCAUCAUUUUUCACAUAAAAAGAUUCUACUUCCAACGAGAUUGACAUCGUCUUUCGCUGUGGCCAGGCAACAACAGUUAGAAGCUCUUACCAAUUUAGGUUUCAUGCAUCAGCACAUUCCUAAUGGUUGGAGAUCCACGACACUUUAUGAAGACACAUCGGGUACUGUAAAUAGUGCUGCCUUUCUAUCACUUAAUGGCUUGCAGCAAAGUCCAGAGCAGCCUCAGAGAAUCUUGCAAAGCAAAGUGGCUGGUGGUGGAACUGAAGAUGAUGUCAUGUGCGGGAAAGAACUUGGGCAAAUUUCUUGUUCCAAAAAUCCUUGUCAACGUUUCUUAAACAGAGGCACCAGUCAAAUAACUCAGGCAGUUGAUCUAGCAAAGACCAGAUUGGCAGUGGGUCCAGGGAUGAAUGUUGGUCUAGGUAUGGGACGUACGAGUAAUGGAUCUGGGAUGACAUUAAACCUGGAUCAUGCUCUGGGUAGAAGCAACGUGUAUCCAUUCCAAAAUAGAGACACGUAUCUGCUACAUUUUAACAGGCCAUUAAUGGACUUGUGCAACAAUACCUGUGAUCCACAGUAUCAGCUGCAUGUGGAUCUUCAGCAAAGCCUGCUACAGAAUUUGCAGCAUCAACAGCUCCAGCGAUUAGGCCCGCUUGAGCAGCAUAAUUUACCAGUGAUCCCAGCAGCAGUUAGUCCUCGACAGCUGCCCAGAGUACCAGGCAAGCAGGUUAUUUCGGGCAUUGUAAAUGCUGGAAUCCCACAGUUGAGCUCCCAAAGUGUCAAUUGUGGUGGGAGGUUCACAAAGGAAGAUAAUCAUGGCAAAGACACUGUCUAGGUAGUAGGGGUGAAGCGUUUGGAUAAAAAAAAGUUUGAGAUUCAAAGUGUAGCUUCAAUUUUCCUGUCUAAAACAUCCUUUGGUGGGUUGCUGCUCAUUAUGGGAUAUGUCGCCAUCAUGGAAGUGGCAAGGAACUAAGGACUUAAUGCAUUUCAAUUAUUCGCUUAGGGUUCUUUUA